GGCUCUGGCCGCGUCGCUUUCUCCCGGGUCCGGGACGUGCCCGCGCUUUGGCCUCUCGGUCUCGGGUGGGCGCGAUGGAGGAAGAGGACGAAGAAGCGCGAGCGCUGCUGGCGGGCGGCGCGGCCCGGGAUGGCAGGGACAGCCCCGCGGCCCCGCGGCCGCUGCCGGCCCUCUGCGACCCCGGCCGCCUGGCGCACCGGAUCGUGGUGCUGCUGCUGAUGUGUUUCCUGGGCUUCGGAGGCUAUUUUUGCUACGAUAAUCCUGCUGCCCUUCAGACUCAGAUUAAACGGGACAUGCGGGUGAAUACCACGAAGUUCAUGCUCCUGUACGCCUGGUAUUCUUGGCCCAAUGUAGUGUUGUGUUUCUUCGGUGGCUUUUUGAUAGACCGAGUAUUUGGAAAACGAUGGGGCACAAUUAUUUUUAGCUGCUUUGUUUGCAUUGGACAGGUUGUUUUUGCUCUGGGUGGAAUAUUUAAUGCUUUUUGGCUGAUGGAAUUUGGGAGGUUUGUGUUUGGGAUUGGUGGGGAGUCCUUAGCCGUUGCCCAGAAUACAUAUGCUGUGAGUUGGUUUAAAGGCAAAGAACUAAACCUGGUGUUUGGACUCCAGCUUAGCAUGGCCAGAAUUGGGAGUACGGUGAACAUGAACCUCAUGGGGUGGUUGUACUCCAAGAUGGAGGCUUCCCUGGGCUCUGCCGGUCCCACAACCCUGGGGGUCACGCUUAUGAUUGGGGGAAUAACGUGUAUUCUUUCACUCAUCUGUGCCUUGGUCCUUGCUUACUUGGAUCAGAGAGCAGAGAGAAUCCUUCAUAAAGAACAAGGAAAAACAGGUGAAGUUAUUAAGCUGACCGACGUGAAGGACUUCUCCUUACCCCUGUGGCUCAUAUUUGUCAUCUGUGUCUGCUACUAUGUCGCUGUCUUCCCCUUCAUUGGCCUUGGCAAAGUUUUCUUUACAGAGAAAUUUGGAUUUUCUUCCCAGGCAGCAAGUGCAAUUAACAGUAUUGUGUAUGUCAUCUCAGCUCCCAUGUCCCCAGUAUUUGGGCUCCUGGUGGAUAAAACAGGGAAGAACGUCAUCUGGGUUCUGUGUGCAGUGGUGACCACGCUUGUGUCCCACAUGAUGCUGGCCUUCACGAUGUGGAACCCUUGGAUUGCUAUGGUAAUGUCUGCGUUAACAUGCCAGGGCUCGGGGCUGCAGCCAGGACACCGUCAGGUCCAUGUCAGGGGCAAGGGGUUGUGCUCAGUAAACUCAGAUGGCAGUGCCCAUGGCAGUGGGGAAAUGAUGACUGGAUUUUGAUUUCUAUGAAAGAGUUAUAGAAAGAAAUAAGGAUUAUGAAUUAUUUAUGCAUAAGGUAUCUUUUACUUUCAUUUGCCUUAUUUGGCAGGGUAUCCUUAAUGUUGAAAUAGAAUUUGAAAUAAAAUAGCCUUAUAAAAGCCAGAGUGUUCAUUAAUCCCAUUUAUUUUUCUAAAAUAAAUAAGUUAAAGGAAGUCAUUCCAUCAAAGGUGGCAAAAAAAUCUGUUGGCCGAGUGUCCAUUGUUUUGUCUUUGACUCUCUUAGUAGGUUUUUAAAAAGUGAGAAUGAACUUAGCAAGUAUUUGUUGUUCUUGAAAAUGUCACUGAAUGAAGACCAGAGCCUGCAGUGCUGCAUUUCUUACCUGGUCAUAAAUAAUUAUCUUGAACAUAAAUACCUGUGAACUUGGUGAGGAUUUCUGUGGAAGUGUUUCUACAGAUGCAGUACCAAUUAUUAGAAGUAGCAGUGCCAGAGCAGAGGGUUCGUAGUUUAGUGUCUUGGAAUAUACUGUAACAGAAACUUCCCUCUCAUUUAUAACUUCCUCAUCAUAUACACAGGUGUCUGUGUUUUAAUAUCCUUUCCAUUAUUAGUUAUUGGCAUUGUUUUGAUCUUUGAUGAUCUGAUAGGUACAAAUAAUACUAAAAUUACUAAGUAUUUUUUAUUGGAAUAAAAGAUCAGCAUUAGGAGGUGUUCCACGACCAGUGGUGGUGGUGGUUGGUUCUCUGCUCUGCGCUCCAAUCGGGUGUUGACUUGGAGGCAGAUUGAUGGAAUAUUGACAAUAUGUUGUGCUGAUGGGCUAAUUUGUCAUUACUAGCUUGCCUGCACAUUAGCUUGCCUGAAAGAUUGGUCAGAACUUUUUGCAAAUCAGCUUGAUUUUCUUGCUCCAUCCUUGACUGCACCCUGGGGUCCAGCCAGUGACCUAUGCAUAUAAUACGACUUAACAUACGCAUAAGUGGAAGUGGCUAAGGAGGAGCCUGUGUAUCUCGUCACUAGAGGGACACUCGUAAAGAGGUCUAAGAUUUUUUUCUAUUUUUUGAAUAUGAGUUUUAGCCUAAUCACCAAAUUUGCGUGACUAUUAUAUAUUAGCUACUGUGUCCCUUUUGCUAAUCUGAAGCAAAAAAAUCACCUUUGUGUUAAGAUCAGGCUUUUAUGCCUUGCUGUAUGGCUUUCUGCAGUGUCUCCUGGGACUGUCCUACUCAUUGCUGGCCUGUGCAUUGUGGCCAAUGGUGGCAUUUGUAGUUCC